GAAUUUACUCCAUCCCGUCACAUAGGUGGAAAUUUCCAGUUUCCGAAAGAUCGAACAGUCGGUGCACUGUGCUCCACAACUCAAAAGAUUUUUUCAACUUUGUCAUCAGAAAAUGUUAAACAAAUCAAUACCACCAGUAUCUAAUGGAAAACAAAUUUCCACUUGGCACAAAUCCGAGGCAGCACAAAAAUUCCCAUCAUUUUUGUAUUUAAAUCAGCUACCGGACCAUCCCCUUUGUUGCCCGAUUUGCCAAGAAAAUUAUCACGCCCACGGUUCCCAUGGCGAUUGAGGCAUGGUUUAUGGAAGAAAGUGAUGAGGAUCAGAGGCUUCCGCAUCACAAGAACCCGCGCGAAUACGUUUCGCUGGAUCUGUUGGCGGAUCUCGGAGUUCUCUACUGGCAUUUGGAUCCCAAAAAAUAUGAGGAUGACCCGGAAUUGGACAACAUCAGGCGAGCUAGAGGAUACAAUUACAUGGAUUUGCUGGAUUUGUGUCCCGAGAAAGUUGAAAACUAUGAGCAGAAGCUGAAGAACUUCUAUACGGAGCACAUACAUGCGGACGAGGAAAUACGCUACUGUGUGGAAGGGAGCGGCUAUUUUGACGUGAGGGACAAGGACGACCGUUGGAUUAGGAUUCUGAUCAAGGCCGGUGACCUCAUUGUUUUACCUGCUGGGAUUUAUCACAGGUUCACCCUUGAUAUGGGCAACUAUAUCAAGUUGAUGAGACUAUUUGUGGGAGAGCCAGUUUGGACACCUUUUAAUCGGCCACGGGAGAAUCAUCCUGCAAGAAAGGAUUACGUGAAGAGAAUGAUCGACAAAUUUGGAUCGACAGUAGAAGCCCACUAAUUAAGUGUAACGAUUGUGCUUAAACUCUACUUUUGUUAAUCAUUCGUAUCUCGUUAAUCAUUUGUAUGUGUAGAGUUUGUGUGCAGAUGUGAUUGAAACGGAACAAAAAAUUAUGUUUUGAUUGAAAUCAAAUCUAUAUGAAAUUAAUGUGACACUCUUAAUAAAAUUGCAGAUGUAUGUUCCUAAGUUAUAACUGCACAAUAUAAUGUAUCUGGUUUUAUGUUUGUAAUAUAGAUGAAGGUGCUUUUUCUACGGUUUUCUGUCAUUUCUUGAAAUACAUAUGUUGCUUCUGUC